GAGUGGUGGCGGCGCGGUUGUGAAUGGGUGUUCUAUAUAUGACGGGCAUCUAGUUUUGUGAUGGACUUGCAUGAGAAAUUCAUUUCAAAGUUCCCAAUGGGAUUAAUUACCUCAGUGAAGCUGCUCUGAAUUCUGAUUUGUACUUUGAUAUAAGAUGUUCGUUUCACCUUCUAAGAACCCUGGUGUUGCUACACAGUCCGUUUUACCAUCUUUUAACGUUAAAGAAAUAUUCUUGCAAUCAAUCCCUCUAGACAUUGUGCCAACAAAUACUUUUACGCCAAUCAAAGACUUGGAGAAAUUGUGCACCAAAGAGGCACUAUCAUCAAGACCUGCUAUUCAAAAUACUCUUGUUGAAAAGCAAAUCCCACUUGGUACUAAAACAACAGAACUCCAGUCCACGUUGAUUCAAGAUGGCCCCACACCACCUGAAUUUCCUAAUCUUAGUGCUAUAAAGACUGGUCUUGAGCAUCGAGAAAAUGAGCAUUUUAGCGUUGAUACAUUAGCGUUUCAAAAAAAAGACUAUUGUCCUCAUAAUGAUUUUGACAUCUUGGAAUCUCCUGCAAAAAUCUUUCAAAGGAUGAAGAAUUUGGCUGCUCAAGAUAAGUUACAUCAAACACCCCAGAAAAAUAAACAAAUAUCGGAAAAUGUAAAUUGGAAGCGAGAUGUGUUGCGAUCAUCUAUCUCACCAGUGAAAAAUAAAAGAAUAUCGGAAAUUAUGAAUUGCAAGCGAGAUGUGUUGCUAACACCCAUCUCAAAUCCACUUCUCUAUGGUGGUCAAAGACACGCAAAACAUAUUUUUAAAGAAAAACCAAAGCAAGUGCAGCAAAGCUCCAGUAACACAUUUUUAGGGAUGGAGCCGGGAAAUGCACCACUUUCCAGAAAUAUACAUAAUUUGCCAAGAGACCUAAUUGCAACAGCAUCACCAGCUAAAAUGUUUUUGCUAAUGAAAGAGAAGGCUAUGGAGAGACAGAAGAUGAAUUCUGCUCAAGGGAACCAUAUUUCGGAACGGGCAUUAAGUGGCGGAGGGAAAGAACUAAACCGGCCGCAGCAUAAAGAGAACACACAUUUCCAUAUUGACAAUGACGAUCAUACAGUGAGCAGUACCAAUCGCAGUCCAGAAAUAGUCCUGGGGGGGGACGGAAACGAGGGAGAUGAUGAAAUGUCUCAGAAUAUCCAGCCAAGCUCAAUACAUAGUGAAACUGUGUCUCCUGAGGUCUAUAAGCUCUCAACACCAAAGAAGACAAGUGUGAGUACGUCGUCAAGUCAUCCUCAUAUGGAGAAAAGGACACCAGUCAAGGUGAACUCAAAGACUGAGAAACAAGCUGAAAAAGCAGACUCUAAUGGUCCAAUCCCCUAUAUGGAUUUGUGUAAUAUUUUGCUUAAUUCACCUGAAGUUCGCAUACCAAGGAAGCAAAAGUCAAAUGAGGCUAAAGUGCCAGCUGAAGAUGCCAGAAGAUCUGAGAACAUCAGCAGUCAGAAAAAGGAGACACAGAAGGUUACUCUUAGUGAAUGGAUAGUGAAAGUUGUUGAUGAAAACGGUGUGUGCGUUGAAGGGAAACGCAUGGAUGUCGGAGGAGUUUAUUGGCACAGUAAUAUAAUUGUGGAGCGCAUAACCAGCAAUCAAGUGAAAACAUCCACUGGCCGUGUGUAUGAGUUACAAGGAAAAGCAGACAUAUUCUGUAUGAAGGAAGCAGAUUAUCCAUCACUCUUCAUUAAGAAGUUUAAAUUCGGAUUCCCGGAGGAUUGGAAAGCACUUGUGGAUCGUUGUCUCUUGAAAAGGAAGAGGAGCGAAAAAAUAACAAGCAUUGAAAAUGGCCAAGUUGUUACGAAAAAUCGAAAGAAGACCGUUAGAAAGCAAAAUGCUACUAAUUCAAGCAGCUCUGAUACAGAUCAUGAAAAAAGGAAAUCAAGAAAGAACUUAAACAAAGCUAAAAUAUGCAGCGUUUCUGAACAUCGGUCAAAACCACUGAGAAUCAGCCCCCGCAUCAGGGAAAAACAGCUUUCUGUAGUAACAGAUGAAAAGAUUGACCGGACCUACAAUAUUUCACCAAAAGAGAGAAGCCAACCUAAUUCAAGUAAAGCUAAAGAAAAGCAAAGUGAUGCUGUUAGUCGCAGUGGCAGACUCUUAAAAACACCUUUGAAAUAUUGGUGUGGGGAGCGACUGGUGACUGACAAAUAUAUGAAUAUUCUAAUUGAUCAUGGAGGAAAAAAUUACCUGUCGGAAACAAUAGAUCUGGUUGGCACAACAUACAGUGGAAAAAUACAGAACAAAAAACCUUCCAAACAUUCCAGAGGUCAGCAGGAAAAAGAAAUAAUAAACAAGUCAAGCAAACCUUCUCAUAAAAUAGCUGUGCCGUAUGACAAAGUUUAUUCAAAAAUAGUAAGUUUUCCAACCACAGAUGAAAGUGAAAAUGAGCAUUUGCAAGAAAAAUCUCCAGUUGUUAUUCUGACCCCUAUGAAUUCUAAAAGUCAGUUGCAAAAGAAGUGUGUAAAAUACAAUGUUCACUACCAAACUCUAAGUAACGGUGAUACAGAAAACAGUGUUGACACUGAAGAGGAAGUGACUGACACUAGAAAUAAAAUUACAAGUAGCUAUCAUUCUAAAGAAAGUUCCCAGAAAUCCUCUGUUGCUCCUGAAAAUAGUACAGAUCAGACUGAAUUGUCAGAUGAAGAAGUAAAUCUUUCUGUCAAAAGAAAACCUAGAGCCGUUUGUGAAAUGGAGGUUUCAAAAUGUAACCUGCCUAUAAAUAAGGAGAUUGUGGAAAAUCGUUCUAGGAAAAUAGCCGUUUCUCAAAAUGUACCUACAAGAUCGUCUGACCACACACCUAAUACAAGGAAUCUGCGUUCUAGAACUUUACAGUCAGGUAAUUUUGCAGCUACAGAUGAAUCUGAUGAGGGUGUUUCCUCUAAACUAAAAAUAAAUGGUAAUCCUAAUAGAACUGACAGACAUGAACUCAAGAAUGUUUCUUCUGUUACAAGAAGUCAGACGCAGAUAAGGAGCACUUCACGUUUACCGAAUAUUCAGACAUCUGUAGAGACGGAUGAUACUGAAGAAAAGGAAUAUGAAGUAAGAUCUUCAACAAAAAUGUAUUCACAAAGAUCUAGAAGCACUUCAGCUUCUAGACAAACAAGACAAAAUUCUUGCAAGCCUAUUGAAUCUGACCAGGACAGCAGCUUUAAUAAAAAGGUAACUGAUGACAAAGGAAUCAAUAAAUCUGUCACAGGAAGUAUGACACGCCAAAUGAGACCUAGGCAGGCGAAAAAUAGGAAAACAUACUUUCAAAGCAGUGAUGAUGAUAAAGAGGAAUAUUUAAAUCCUUCGAUCAAGAGAUGUUCACUGAGAUCCAGAAGCAUUUCUGGUUCAAGAUCUUCAUCGGAAGAGAAAAGUAAAAAGCAAUCCCAAAAGUCUUUAGGAAGGAUUGGUCAAGAAAAGAAAUGGACUCAAAAAAGUCAGGUGGCUUACUCUGGAACCGAGGAAUCUGAGGAAGACCGAAAUUUUACCUCAAAUGUAACCUCAACAAAGACGCCAGUUGAAAAAGAAAAUGUGAUUGUCCGCUCUGUUAACAAAAGUCAGACCAAGCCUAGAAGAACUCCACGAUCAACAAAUAAAAUAGUAAAUUUAGAAAGUGAAGAUGAAGAAUAUCUGUCUGCCCUAAAAAACAGUUCCCACAGAUCUAGAAGCACUUCAGUUAAAAGAUUAACUUUGUCUGGAGGAAAAACACGAGAAAGAUCAUGUGAAGUAUUUGCGAAUAUGGCCCAAGGUGAAGAUUGGACAGAAAAGGAAGUACAGAGGCUUUACAAGGCUAUUUCAUCUUUACCAAAGCAUAAAAGUGGAUUCUGGCUGGAUGUUGCUAUGACAGUAGGCAGCCGCUCCGCAGAGGAAUGCCAAGAGAAAUACUUGGAUUUGCAGCAAGCAAAGGGAUCUAAAACACAGUCCAAAAAGGAGUCUGCCAGGCCCAAUGAAAAGGAACAAAAAGAAGAGAAGGUAGUAAAGAUCACUGCUAAAGUAGGAACCCUGAAACGGAAACAGCAAAUGAGAGAAUUUUUGGAGCAACUCCCAAAGGACGACCAUGAUGAUAUAUUCUCUGCAACACCCUUCCAGAACAAGAGAGUAAAACUUCCUUCAUGGAGAGCAAACAAUGAAGAUGAUGUCUUUAUGCUGGAGAAUGCUGAUCCAACUACUCCUUCAUCAACUAUAUUUCCCCUUGAUAAGACACCACAAUGUGAACACAUCAGUCCCGGCAUGUUGGGAUCUAUAAACAGGACAAAUAAUGACAAAUAUGUGUAUAGAAUGCAGAAGAGCUCAAGAGGAGACAAGUUUAUGACCUGGGGCAAAAUCAAGAAAAGAACGAGUGGUGUUUCGUAUGCAACUCCAAUCUCUCGAAGAAGGGUCUCCUCAAAUAAAGGAAUUAACAAUACAUCGGUUAUUGGAAAACUGUUUAAAACAGAUGAGCCUGCCCCAUCGGAUGAAGAGGAAGCAGAAGAUUACUAUUUUUCAGAUUCUUCUGCUGAGGGAAAAUGAUACCUUUCAAGUCCUCAUUGUAUGACCAAGCUACUUGACUUGGCCAUGUCAAUUUUGAUAAAUGUAAUUUGUAAACAUAAACUAGUGUACAUAAUCUUUAAUAUAUGGCUCAUGGUUUUCUAUAGUGUAAAAAUGUUUUAUGUGUAAUUGUGAAAAUAAUUGGCAGCUUCCCUACGAAUUAAAAUGCUUUAAAGUAUUGGCAUUUUAAUUUGUCAACUCUUCAUCUAUGUAAUUUUUUUUUUAAAGAAUGUUUGUACACCUUUAAGAAAUGCAUAUGUAUAAAGGCUGUGCACUUUCAAAAUGAAA